GUCAAUUAAUUAGACUGUACGUCUUGACUGCAGCAAGAUUUGAAGGUUUUCUUGCGUACCGCAUAGAUCAGUCAUUCUUGUUCUGCCAUUCCAAUCCAGCGGAGCGAGGCACGAACUUUGCGCGCAUUCGACCCACAAACCCGCAAUCUGUACUUGUGCCGUCAGGGCAUACUAGGAUUUCAAGAUGCCUGCCCCUCUCUCACACGACGCGUUUUUCUCGUCCCUGUCCGACCUCCUCACCAAAACCUCCCAAAAAUCUCGCGGGUCCGUGACGCUCACCCAAAAGCCUCUCCUUCAUCCCACCCCGGACUCCUCCUCGAAACCUUCUAUCCUCAUCCGCGCCACGGACGGUAACACGAAUGCGCCCAACCCGAAAACGCACAAAGUCGAGAAAAAGAAGUCAUCCUCCAAAGUGAAGCUGUCAACUGUUGCCGCGCCUGAAGAACUCGAUGCUUUCUACGCUCGCUACGCGGAAGUGUGCAAGGCUGGCAUGACGGGAUUGAAGAAGCGGGACCGGAAGAAGGGGAAGGCCAAGGCCAAGGGCGGUGCCGCGAAGGGUGCCAAAGCGUGAUUGUUUUUUUCUUCUUUUUUUUGUCGUUUGCAGGAACUCGGUAUAUGGCCGACUGAUGGUAGCGGUAGAAACCGUGGAUAGAUGGGCUGCGUCUGUUUGUCUUGCAUCUAAGGCGUUAAGGGAAUCUUAU